AUGAGUUCGGAUGGUCUCUCCUUUGAGGUGCGGACUUAUCCCGCACGGAAGCUGCGUAUUUCCAUGCCACUCACGACACAGUUCUCGUCGAUGUUUUCUCGAAAUCAUUUGAGUUCUGAACCAAUUCUGGUAGAACAGGAGGGCAUACAUCUUAAAGUUUCCACCUUCUUGAUAACGGACCUGGCAGACCAUUUGAAAGUCUUGGUGCAGGAGAAGAGGUUUGCUGAAGCUAGACAAUUUGCAAUGCGACACAAUCUAAGUACCCUCCUCAUAUCGCAGUUUGAGUUUUUGGCCUGUCUUGAAACUCUGGUGGCAAACGCAGAGAAAAUUAGUGUCCCUCUUGAUGCUGCGACAACUAAUAUGGUGAUUUCCGACUGUGACUCAAUCUGUGAACGAGCUAUCAAGCUUCUUGAUGAUUUUACGACGGAUUUAACGUCGGACUUGACUUUGCAUUCGGUUAAUGCCUUCCUCUCCAUCCUCUCACUUAAGCCACUCUCAUCUGGUUGCGAAAAUCCCGAAAUUGAGGGGCUUUUGGUGGAGACGGAGAAUGCAUUGCAUGUCUGGUUAGGUACAGAGUUGGUUCCGGCACUGGUGUCCAACUGUCCUUCUGCUUUGCCACUCUUAUCUAAGUGGUUGGUGAACCGCGUAAAGCGGCUUGAAGGUUCUAUCAAGAGUUCUGGUGGCCAUCAUUAUUUUGAUUGGCCGGAGACUGCCAUUACCUGGGCGGAGGGGCUGCUGAGCAAGGUCAAACCAGCAUCUUGUCAAGAUGAAGUGACAUCGCAAGAAGAGGUGGACUUUCUUAUCUCCGGUCUUUAUAGUCGGAGUGCAGAGGUGGAUCCUUUCUACGACGUUCGUUGUCUUUUGUUUGAUCUGAUCACCAUCAAGGACCUUCUUGAUAAGUACAACUUUAAGCUGGAUCUGGACAGCUGCGGGACUAUGGAUGCGAAAUCGGUUGCAUUUAAGCUUAUGGAUGUUGCUGUUACUUCACAUAGUGAUUCUGAUAAAAACACGUCUCUGGUGGACCGAGUGGCCAAUUUCAUAAGGGAAAGGGGUCUGCAUGCUGACAGUGUCUACUGUGACUACUGUUUCGACCUUUUGACUGCGUUCAAUUCGAAUAAAUUGUCCCAGACCACUGCAACGUUCACGGUUGAUGGGAAGCAAUUGACUCCAACUGAAUCGAUCACCACAGCUGAUUUGAUUCACCGUACUUGUUUGGUUGCUUCGUGGAUCACAUCACUGGACUAUCGAUGCAAGAUUGCCCAAUUUCUGGCGAAAGUCACUCCGAUGCCUUGGCCAGCUCAGCUCCACGUAUUUGUGGACUCCGUUCUUGCUGACUGCAUUCUGGGUCGGUAUGGGGUUGAACUGGACAUGCGCCCCGGCUUCGGUCUGGCUCGCAGCCUGUUUGGCCUGUUGUUGCAUGCGUCACCGCCGUGGAUGCCUGCUCCGUGUUCGAGUCUACCUGUGUCACGUUCUCCUCGCACCCGCCAAGAAGUGUUGGCGGACGCACUUCAGGUGGCGCGACUUCUUGCAGCGCCGAGCGAAUACUCCACCGACUCCACUAUCACUGCCUCCCACACACUGGCUCUCAUCCACCUACGCCUCGCUCUCCACCAAACACUCCUCCGUCCCACCGAUCACCUCCAUGACGUUCACCAGCGUGUUCACUAUCUUCUCUCCAUAGUGUUUGAGGAGGUGCUUACCCUCGGGCGAACGGGUGGUCAGAGUUUCGUGGAGACUUUGUUCACCGAGGUCCUCCACGAUCUGGCGGCGCUAUGGGACGUAACCCGUUGCAGUUUUGAGUGUGCUCCCUUGUACCUCGAGGUGUUUGCAUGCACCGCUCUGGAGGCCACUAGACUCUGCGGUCCUCACUCAACCGUUGGAAAAGAAGCAGCACAUUGGCUUAGAUAUGUUCAAGUGGGACAGAAAAUCCUGAGGCAUUUGGAGGUGUGCAAAGGCGACGGCGAUGUUUUCAUCCUACACCACCUUCCCAUACCAGGCAGGUCUGACGAGACAAUCCUGCCAUUUGCCUUCAAGCACUCCCCCAGUGGUGGUCCCUUUGACUCCCAAAACGUUGCGCUCUUCAACCUCCUCCUGCAGUGGACACGAACAGAGCAGGUGGGAAAAUUGGAGGAAGCGGAUGUGGAUGUUCUUUUUGUUGAGGCAUGGCUAACCGAUAAGCCCUCUGAGACUGUUGUCAUGGUGAUGAAGCAACUCCUUGAACGCCUGAAGAUGAAGUCCGAAGGGGAUGUGGUCAAUCCUCGAAUAGCACAUCGAUUCGUCGCCGGGAAACUCAUGCCGUUCAUUGCCGAAUUGGCGGUCAGGUCGCAGUUUGACCAAGUGGCCUUUUUGCUGGAGUGUGUACGUGAUCUACUCGAGAGUGCAUUCAGUAGAGGCGACGCGGAGACCAUUACAGUUUUGAUCUCGGAAGGUUUGCGUCUUGCAGUAGAAUAUGCAACCAAGUUGGAUCUGGUGAUCUCUGUCUCACUUCCCAUGGUCGGGGCACUGACGUCGCUCUGCUUUGAAGAAGUCUACGACGGUUCCCUGAGAGUCGCUGAGAGCAGCGUCCAAGAGGAUCCCACUGUUGAGAUGUCAGUUGUGAACGCACGAAGGGACUUGAUGGAGCACUUGUUUGCCGUCUUGCGUGAGCACGUCAAUCAGUGGAUGAGCCACGCUCUAGGUCGUCUCUUCUGUGCCCCGCGUCUCGACCUGCCUCUGGCUUUUGGCCUUGCCGUCAACUUGCCCUUCUCCACAAGCGGAUCUCAGCUGCGCCAAAUCGUUGCGGCUAACCCUCGAGCGGCAAACAGGAUUCAGGUCAUCGCUUCAAUGAUGUUCAAGGCAGCUGCCUACCUUCCCAUUGAAGCCUCACAACAAAUGAUCGAAAUGGCUCAAGGCCUUUUUAUGAACGCCAAGUGGGACGCUGCUUUGCGUAUCUAUGGAUUGCGCCUAAGCCGCCGUGAUCCUCGUCCAGACGUUGUGCUUGGCCAUUUGCUGGAUAUUUUGCCUCACCUCUGUCGCCCAUUUUCCGUCACCAAUCCGCUCUCGCUUGACAGUAGCACUGGCGACUCGAGACCCUUGCCUCCCAUCAGUCAGAUAGUUGAAUUUUGCGAAGAUUUUCAUCAGGAUGUCCGACAGGCUCUGCUUAAACACCUGGAGAUUCUUCUUCAGACAUCUUUCUCGCAGAAGCUUAGUGCCUCUGGAGCGGUCGAUGAUCUGAAGAGUUUUAGAGAGUAUUCUGAAGCAAAGUUGGGUCGUGCUUCGGAUGUCCACAAGGCCCUUCUACAAUUCGCUUUUCCUGGCAGCGACUUCAGGGAGGAGACCCUUGUUACCUUCCUUAAGCGUAACUUUGCGACAACCUCCCCAUACGACUACGAGCAGCUGUAUUUUCUUCUCGACUGUAUCGGUUGCUACGAGGAUAUGGAUCAGGCUCCCAGGAUGUGCGCCCUUCUAGAGUUUCUCCAGCGCUACAACUUUAGGCCCACACGAGAUGCAUUGUCUAAUCAAAGCCUAGCUGCGCCAAGUACCGAGGACUCCCCUGGUUCCCAAGACUUACUUCUGAAGAAGCAUCGUCUUCCGUUCCAUCCACUCUGCAGCGCGUCUGGCUUUGUUUAUUUCGAGAAAGAAAUUGACUACUCGAAUGUGUAUAAGUGGCUUAAGUUGGAUGACUUUAUGAAGUGGAAUCUAUCAGAUAAUAUUCGCAUCGCAGUUGUGUCCAAUAGUCUCAAGAGCCUGCAGAAGAAUGGGCUGUUGAGAUUGAUGCCUCUUAAGGUUGUCCCCUCAACUUUACCCGUCGCCACCAAAUUCUUCCACCACACUCUUCCAGUCCAGCGUGCAUCUCCAGAGGUCUGGGAGGAGGCGCUAGCCUGUAAACGCAUCAUUCGUUCCUGUCUACUGCGUGCUUACCAACACUUACUUCCUGUGAAAAACAGAAUGAAACUUCUCAUGUUUCUUGGAGAGACUUUCUCGCGUUUUGAAGACGGUUCAAUAAAGUUGAUGUUCUUAAAGAUGGCAGUGCGUCUAAUUAGCGGCUGGGGAACCAACGAGGACACCAGUAGUAGUGCGGCGCAUUCGCGCUCAUCUUCCUCCGCCUUGCUCGCUGACGGAAGCACAGCCUCCUCGACGCGCUCUUCGAUGCAGAUGGGCCGCCGUGUCUCUCAGUGCAUCAAAAGAGCCCUGGAAGAAGCCGAACUGUGUCGUCAGAAAUUAGCUGUCGAGGCCUGUCUGCACCGCUACUGUAUCACUCGCUUCUGGCCUGACAUUCUCACCCGAGCUGCAUCCUCCUCGGCGCUCGUGGAUCUCUUGCUGAAUAAGUCUUGUCUGGUCUAUGGUUCGGAUGUUCGCGAUGCGGUGGUGGCCUAUCACCGUCGAGAGGAAGUCCUGGUGAUGCUAAGAGGUGCGUUGAAGGAGCUGCUCUCUCUGCAGGGCGUCAACUUCGACUCGUGGGCGCGCCAGGUGCUGUGGCAGCGUUUGCGUCUUCCCAAGUCCAUUCGUCCUUCCGAGUGGUCAGAGAUCGGGUCCACUGAUAAUGGCGGCGGUGAGGCGGUUGACUUAAACGCCACAGCCAUCAUCUUUGAUCUCGACAGCUCGGUUCUUCUACCUGGUGAACAGGCUGAUCUUACAUUCGACACCACCAUUACCUCGCCCACCAUCUUCGAUAUUCGGAAGUCAGAGGGUCAUGGCGAGGCCGCUGAGCCAGUGGAGAGCGACUUUUUGUUGGGGGAGUUUAUGGUCACGGCCGCUGCAACUGGAGGUGGUGGGGGCGAUGAGGUGACCCGAAUUCUGUCUGAGUGGUGUCUACUGCGUCCACUGACCCCAGACGUACUGCAGUCCCUCAGCGCACAGGAGGUGAAGAAACGGUGGCGCACGGUGCAAUUCACCCUCCGCUGUCGCAAACUGCCCUUCUCCGAUCCCUCUGUCUCGCAGGUGAUCGAAUAUCUUCGUAGCCUUGCCGCAAUAGCCAGGCAGAAGUGA